UUUCAUUCGCUACUUGCGCGUGAGGAGCUUUCCUCGCGGUUCCGGGUUCGCCGUUUCCCAGUUUGACACAAAUUUCUUAUUCGUCUCUCGUUCCCCGCUGAAGUGGAAAGCAACCUUUUUGAAGCUAACCAUGGCUCUUCUAAUGGAGCACCAGUUUAAGCAGCUGCCGGCUGAUAAGCAGGUGGACACGCGGUCGUUUCUUGAGGCGGUAUCCUACCUGCCGUCUUUCUUCGAUUGCUUGGGUUCAAAGGUAUUUUCUCCAAUCAAAGCUGACAUAAGUGGAAAUAUUACUAAAAUCAAAGCUGUUUACGAUACAAACCCCACCAGGUUUAAAACUCUUCAGCAGAUUCUGGAAGCAGAGAAAGAGAUGUAUGGGUCAGAGUGGCCAAAAGUAGGGGCAACAUUAGCACUUAUGUGGCUGAAAAGAGGCCUUAAGUUCAUCCAAGUUUUGCUACAAAGUAUUGCUGAUGGAGAACGUGAUGAUGCAAACCCUAAUCUUAUUCGAGUAAAUGCCACUAAAGCUUAUGAGAUUGCACUGAAAAAGUACCAUAGCUGGCUGAUCCAGAAAAUCUUCCAUACAGCUCUUUAUGCCGCUCCCUACAAAUCUGACUUCCUGAAAGCUCUGUCCAAAGGACGGGAUGUCAAAGAGGAGGAGUGCAUGGAGAAAAUCCGCCAGUUCUUGUUAAACUAUACAGCCACAAUUGAUGCCAUUUAUGAAAUGUACACAAAAAUGAAUGCAGAACUGGACUACAAGGCUUGAUGUUAGGGCUCUGGGAAAACACUCAGAUGCCUAUAUAUAUAUAUAUAUAUAUAUAAAAAAAAAACUUUCACCUCAUUUUCUUUCCAAAGCAAUAACUUGGAGACUUCUCUUCCAGCUCUGUGAUGGUGGUCUCUUACAGAAGUGAGGGAGAAACUAUGAUGAGAAAGAACUCAAGUGUUACCUCAUGGUACAGUUGGCUUGUUUCUGCCUGAUGACAGUUUCAUAUUCUGUGCCCGGGGGAGUGGGGAAUAUGUUUUCUAUGAAGGAAAAAAAUCCCCAGAAUUCAACCAACAUAUAUAAGGUUUGAUCACUAUAGAUGGCCUCAGUUUUUUUUCAGAAAUUGUAAAGGUUUAAGGUUGACUGCUGUUACCCCCCCAAACAAAAAGCCUAACAAGAAAGUCAGUGUGACUGAAAUACUUUAAUUUCUGUUAUUUUUUUUAUUAAAGACACAUUACUAACUUUUGCACAAAUCUAAUCAGAAAAUAGCUGAGAGUUUGAGGUUAAGUGCCGAAAAAUGGAAAUUUGAUUUUACAGCAUGGAUAAAGUACAGUGAACGUAAUUAGGAAACUCUUAGUUUAAAAGAAUGUGGUCUUAUUAGUUGGUUUCUUGAAAUUCCAGUUUAAGUUACUAUACUUUGCUAAAGACAGAUCUAAUAACUGAUCCUGGCCACCAUGCUGGAACUUGCUUUAAUAAAAAAAAUAACCUGUCAUUACAGGUACAGCCUUAGUUUAAACAGUUUCCAGAGGUGCAAAAGGGAGCUGACUUCACAGAAUCUGAUCUGGAGCUCAACAAGAGACUUAUUAUCCUUUUUGUGGAUUUUACUGGUAGCUUUAUUCUGAAUGAUUGGUCUGAAUUCUACAAAGUACUUAAGCACAUGUGCUGCUUAGUUGACUGGUGCAAUGUUUAAAUAUAUUUUAAGACUUACUGGGUAUGCUAAGUAAUUCUGUUAGUGGUACGGGAAUAUGUUUGACCGUCCAAGAAGAAAAAGGAGAAAAAAGAGACUAAUUUGUAGGACUUGUUUUUUUUUUUUAUUCUGGAUUUUUCUGUUCAUUCUACAGUGGCAUAUCACUGAAAUAAUGUGUUUAUUAAGUUAUCAUUACUGGCACAUUUUUAUAGCUUGCAGAACACAAGUGCCUUUUUAGAAAGUGCUGUACAGGUAUCAUGGGUGAGAGAAUUCAUGUAAAAAGUGUCUAAAUAAUACCAUCAUAUUUGAUAGGAACGUUGGAGUACCAUUGAACAUUUGGAAUUUGGCAAGUACGUGUUCAAACUUGACUAUAUAUAAGCAUUUUGACAAAUAAAGUGCAGGUUUACAUAAAAGAAGGAAAUAACACUUGCUUUCAAGAUUAUUAAUUAUGUUACAUUGUUAGAGUAAGAUUUUUUUUUUUUUUUUAAAUAGUUGACAGUUUUUGCUGAGCAAUUUUAUAUUACUUUCCACUUCAGAGUGCUAAUUUGUAAAGUGGGUUGAGGGUAAUGAGACUUAUUUUGAUAUCAUGCAAGAAAUUAGAUUGAUUUUUUUAAACUUCAUAUAAAGAGUGACAGAUGUUACUUUAGUUCUUAAUCACUAGUAUCAUCAUACUGAAACGAGGUAAAAAAAACUAGUUCUUGGUGAUAUAUAUAACACGCUUUAGUUGGAAAUAGCACAUUAUGUUAAUCGGAAUUUACAUUCAUAUUUCACAGAAGAAUUGUGUUCUUAUUUUGGCAGAAAAAUGAAGUAAAGCCUUUUUCAAUUUUGUAGAAUACAAAUGUGGUGCAUUUUAGUACAACUAAUUGUGUUUGCAGCAGAAACAUGUAAGCUAUAUUGUUGAUGAAAUAAUCACUCUUACUUUUUAUCCAAUUAGGUUCUAAUUGUAGAAUAAUAUGUAUGCUUAAUUGUAAUUGAAUGUCUAGACAGUGGCUUCAAAUUCUGUAAACAGCAACUUUUCAGUAUGUUAUUUUACAGAAUGAAAGUGUUUUCAGUUAUAAAAUGUUAUGUUCUGAUGUUACUUUGUCAUCCUACAAUAAACAACUGAUGUACUAGUUUACGUUCCCCAGUAAUGUUCAGCAGCCG